AUGGCCUUCCGCAGCACACGACUGUCUGUGGACACCAAAUUGCCGCGGAGCUACUAUGAUGGCGACGUUGAGCAGGCAGCUGCUGACAGCAGCGCUAUGGACUCUGGGCUAGAGCACUCGCCACCCAUGGGGGAGGCUCUUUCAGACAACUUUGGUGUCACUGGGACGCCCCUGUUCUCGCCUGCUUCCAAAGCCGAUGACUGGUCAGCCGUGGACAUGCAAUCUCAGCCUUCCAACAAUCCGUUCUUCACCCAACAGCAACAACAACAGUUUGCGGAGGGCUUGAUGUCGAUUGACGAGAACGAUGCCGCAGAUUUUGAUGCGUCGAAUCCUUGGAUGCUCCCAGCCGGUCAGUUCAUGCUCGACAACAACGGCUUUCCAUUCGUCAACGGCGCGAUCGCAUUCAACCCUCACGGCAACGUGUUCGCGGGCCAGGAGAACCAACAAAGGCCCAACAUCGCCCCUGCUGUUUCCGGAGCACAAGGCCAGGCGCUCCCACAAUCUCGCUCGUCAGGUGCUGGUCGACCCAAGAAGGCACCUCCAAUGAAGCCUGUCCAGGCAUCGAGCGGCGGCAUCCGCAAGAAGAAUGCGCGCGUCGACAUCCCUGACAACUUCACCACGGACAACAUUGACGGUAUCAUCGACAACGAGAAGGACCCCGAGACCAAGAAGUACUACCGCCAUCUCAAGCGCCUCCUCCGUAACCGCCAAGCUGCCCUCGACUCGCGAAACCGCAAGAAGGCCCACACGGCGCAACUCGAGGACGACAGGAAGCACCUGACCGACUACGUCACCGAGCAAGACGACGAGAUCCGCAAGCUUCGCCUGCAGGUUGAGUACAUGUGGAAGGAGAAGCAGGAUGCGACCGAGUACAUCGCUCAGCUCUCUGCAGAGCGGGACAACCUGAUCGCAGCGCACACCCUGGAGACUGGAGAGUUGAGGAAGAAGAUUGCCGUCCUUACAGAGCACGUCCAUCGUAUCGAAGGGGAUCCUCCAACAUCGACAAUCCCCGAGACCUCCACUGGCGGCUUCGAUCACAUGAACGACUUUGUCCAUGGAUGGGAUGACGUGAACUCGUUUGGGGACAACUACCAACCGCAACCCCAGGCCAAGCCUGAAGCACCCAAGGCGCGCCCAGCCAACAACGCUGUCACGUCCGACAAGGGCACUGCGCAACACGGCAACUUCUUCUUCAUGCUCUUCCUUGUCGGCGCUUUCGUUCUGUCCAGGCAAUCAGCUCCCGCUAUCCCUCCCGUCUCCGACGCCGUCCGUUCUGCUUCCGCCAACCUGCUCGACAAUGUCUUCAAGGAUGCCGGUGUCAGCACGCAGACCGUCGAGGCGGCCCCUUCUGCUCCCCAAGCUUCUGGUACCUGGAACGAUCCUCUCUCUGGCAUGCCCGUCCCCGAGGUGGGCACCGAUACCGUGUCGCCAUCCAUGCUGGACAACCUCGUGCAGCCGACCGUCGAGCAGACCAACGAGCAGAUCUUCUCCUUGACCACUCUCCAGUACGCCAACGCCCAGGACGACGCUUACAUUGACAACAGCGGUUUGGAGCAUCGGCCGCGCCGCAGCCUUGCCGACGCCAUGACCGAUGCUCUUGCCGCCGUCGAUCUCAGCGACGCGCCCAAGGACGCUGUGGCCGACGUCUACUCCCGCUCGCUGCUCUGGGAGCAGAUUCCUCGCAAGGUUGUCCAGGACUUUGCGCGAUAUGUUGUCGCCAGCAACUCCGGGUCGCGCCAGCGACACGAUGGCCAACAGCAACAACAACAGCAUCAUCACUACCCCAUUGCUCAGGAAAUAUCAUGA